UCUCUUUAUGGAAUAUCGACAAUUUAAUUAAACAAGUAUAUAACUAUUUAUAUAUUAGCUUCUAAAAUAAUAAUUUUACUAAAUUAUCUGAUAAAUUCCUUAAAAAUCUGUAGAUUGUACACGUAGCCACUACUCCAGGGAAAAGCAUAGGGGAAAAGCAAAAAGUUUGUGAUUGUGAUUUUGUGAUUUUGCACACGUGAAGCUUUCUUUUGAUUUUGCGAUUGGACAAUAGAAUCUAACCUCAAAUUUUAGCAUAUUGAAAAUUGAAUCAAAAUGCCGCUUUCGUGUCGAUUUUAUAAAGAAAAAUACCCUGAAGUGGAAGAUGUAGUAAUGGUAAAUGUACGUGCUAUUGCCGAAAUGGGAGCUUACGUUCAUUUACUAGAAUACAACAAUAUAGAGGGUAUGAUUUUGCUCUCGGAAUUGUCGAGAAGGCGUAUCAGGUCUAUUAACAAGUUGAUUAGGGUAGGAAAAACAGAACCAGUCGUAGUUAUACGAGUAGAUAAAGAAAAAGGGUACAUAGAUUUGUCCAAAAGAAGAGUUAGUGCUGAAGACGUAGAAAAAUGCACUGAAAGGUUUGCUAAAGCAAAAGCUGUUAACUCUAUUUUAAGACAUGUUGCUGAGCUGUUAAAGUAUGAAUCAGAUGAGCAGUUAGAAGAACUGUAUCAAAAGACAGCAUGGUAUUUUGAGGAGAAAUAUAAGAAAAACAAAGCUAGUGCUUAUGACUUUUUCAAACAAGCUGUGCUUGAUCCAACUAUUUUGGCUGAAUGUGAUUUAGAUGAAAAGACAAAAGAAGUCUUAUUGAGCAAUAUUAAGAGGAAAUUAACAUCUCAAGCUGUUAAAAUCCGAGCUGACAUUGAAUGUGCUUGUUAUGGGUAUGAAGGUAUUGAUGCUGUCAAAACUGCUCUAAAAGCUGGUCUAGCUCUUUCAACAGAGGAACUUCCCAUUAAAAUUAAUUUAAUUGCCCCUCCCUUAUAUGUAAUGACUACCUCAACACCUGAAAAGCAGGAUGGACUGAAAGUUCUAAAUGAAGCAAUAGAAAAAGUAAAAGCCUCUAUAACUGAAUUAGGUGGUGUGUUCAAUGUACAAAUGGGUCCUAAAGUAGUAACAGCUACAGAUGAAGCAGAACUUGUUAAACAAAUGGAAAGGGCAGAACUUGAAAAUGCUGAAGUUGCUGGUGACGAUGAUGAAGAACAGGAAGAAGGUCAAAUAUACAGUGAAGAAGAGAAAGAUGAUAAACAAAAUUCUGGUGGAGAGGAGGACGACGAAGAAUAAAUUAAGUUUUUACUAUUUGAACGAUAAGAAUAACUGUAAAUUUAAGGGAGUAUUUAAAACAAUUUAUAACACGUAUCGCGUAUUUUUUUUAAUUGUUUGUCUUUGUACAUGAUUGAAUAUAAAGAUAUAAUUAGAAA